UGAAGGGCUGUCCAAAUCAAUGUUUGUUCUUUUUGACUGAAAUAAAAUCUCUCAGUUCUCUGCACGUCGAUUUUUCUAUUCUCAUUUCACUCUCAAUUCUCCACUAAUUAAGGAAAGAUCUCCAGAUUCAGACUCCAGAAUAAAACCCUCAAUGCCCAUUAAUCUCCAAAGCAUUUCUCACUCGAUCCCACAAACAUUUUCUCGAAAACCCAGAAAAAAGCCGAUCAAAAUCACCAUGUUUUCAAGAAAUCCAACUUCAAAGUUCAUUUUUUUAUCUCUCACUGUCCUCCUCUUACUCACAUCCAAAAUCUCUGUCUCUGCCUCUGACGAAUCAGAAAUUGACACUGAAAAUGAUGAUGAAUUGAAAGAAUUAAUAGCAAUAGAUGAGCAAGGAGAAGAAGAAGAUCAACAACAACAACAGGUACAGCAAAAGGAGGCUGAGGUAUUGUCAAAGGCACAGCGAAUAGUUGUUGAGUUAAACAGUGAUAACGCAAAAAUGGUUAUAAAUGAUAAUGAGUUUGUUAUGAUUCUUGGGUAUGCACCUUGGUGUCCAAGGAGUGCUGAGCUUAUGCCUCAAUUUGCUGAGGCUGCUAAUAAGCUUAAGGAGUUAGGAAGUACUCUAUUGAUGUCUAAACUUGAUGCUGAAAGGUACCCUAAAGCUGCUUCAAUGCUUGGUAUUAAAGGGUUCCCUACUCUGCUUCUUUUUGUCAAUGGAAGCUCUCAGGCCUACACUGGUGGAUUUUCUGCAGAGGAUUUAGUGAUAUGGACUAGGAAAAAGACUGGAGUUCCUAUUAUGAGAAUAAGCUCGGUUACUGAGGCAGAAGGGUUUCUUAAGAAGUACCAUACGUUUGUUCUUUGUCUUUUGGAGAAAUUUGAGGGACAUGAUUAUGAAGAAUUUGUAAAAGCAGCAACCAUUGACAAUGAGCUCCAGUUUGUUGAAGUGAGUGAUCCUCUGGUUGCUAAAGUUCUCUUUCCAGAUAUCAAAUCUAGCAAUUUCUUUGGAAUUGUUAAAAGCGAGCCUGAAAAGUAUACAGCAUAUGAAGGGACCUUUGAGAUGGAAAAAUUGCUGCAGUUUGUGGAGCAUAACAAGUUUCCAUUGGUUACCAGGCUAACUGAACUAAAUUCAGUCAGAGUUUAUUCCAGUCCUAUCAAACUUCAGGCUAUGAUCUUUGCAGAGGCUGAUAAUUUCAGAAAUCUUAUUGGACCUCUCCAAGAGGUUGCUAGGAAGUUCAAAUCAGAGAUAAUGUUCAUAUAUAUAGAUGUUGCAGAUGAAAACCUGGCAAAGCCCUUCUUAACCUUGUUUGGGCUUGAAGAUGUGAAAAAUACUGUGGUGACUGCUUUUGAUAACAGAAUCAACUCAAGGUAUUUGUUAGAGUCAGAUCCAACACCAAGCAACAUAGAAGAAUUCUGCUCAGCGCUUCUCCAUGGAAGUCAGUCACCUUACUUUAAAUCACAACCAAUACCUGAUAAUAAUGCGACAGGUGUCCAGAUCAUUGUAGGGAAGACUUUUGAUGACUUGGUGUUAAGCAGUCCCAAAAAUGUUCUUCUGGAGGUAUAUACACCAUGGUGCAUCAAUUGUGAGACUACAAGUAAGCAGGUCGAGAAAUUGGCAAAGCAUUUCAAAGGUUUGGAGAAUUUAGUGAUUGGGAAGAUAGAUGCUUCUGCAAAUGAACAUCCAAAACUGCAGGUGGAUGACUACCCAACACUUCUGUUUUACCCAGAGGGAAUUAACGCAGACUUAGCAGCAGUCAUCAACAAACAUUUAAGAGCCAAAAAGCAAGCCUCCAAAGAUGAAUUAUAGGAUACAAUGAUUAAAAAUACUAAGAAUUUAGCUACAUAAAGAAGAGAGACGAAGAAGCUGGACGAGUUUCUCCAUGAAAUCCUGGAAGAAAUGUUACAGUCUGUCAAGGAAUUAAAUUUGUUUGCAUUUGUUCAGACAGUGUUUCAAAGUCACAUCAUGAAAGCAAACCUGGUAGAUCUACAGUCUAAAAGACUAUUCUUUUAGGUCCCUGUAUUUUUUUUAUAUAUUUAUAUAAUACUAAUCAUACUACGGACUGUCAUGAAAAAAGAGAAAAAAAAAAAAAGGAGAUGGGCUAUGUUUUUAUGCCUUAGUGGCUUUUAUCAUUGGCCAAUUCUACUAUCUUGGAUAACACAUCGACAACAUUGGCUGCUAUAAUUUUUGCCUUUCAUGGAAGGAAUUUGUCAUCUAGUUAACA